UAUUAGCUAUUAUGUCACUUGGCCGUAUCAACCCACCGUUACAGCAUCACAAUGAGACUGUGGGUCCUCUGCUGCUUGGCAGCAGCAGCUGCCGCGAGUCCCUUGGAUCCAAAGCCCGAAGAUGUGAAGCUUGUUUUCAACGAAAAUUUUAAUCCCGGCGGCAACAAGGGUUUUCGGAAUACAUACGAGCAGAGCGAUGGUACGAUCGUCCAGGCUCAAGGCGAUCUAGUCAAAGUGGUAAGCGAUGGUAAAGAGUCGGAGACCUUGGUCAUCAGCGGAAGCUACUCCUUCUACAUCGACGGCGUGAAGUACACAGUGCGUUACACGGCCGACCAGAAUGGGUACCAGCCAACGAUCAUAACGGAAGCCGAGAAGCCACCUGGCGCUGUACCAGGUCCAAUACUCGCUAGCAUACUGGGUGCUGGGUAAAAAACCGGCAAAUUCCCAGUUAAUUAAAAACGAUUUAUUUUAAGUGCUAACAAAUCUGACUUGAUAUUUUUCUUUUGUUGUACCUAUUUAUUGUUUCGUUUUUAACGCCAAUUUAUUUCAAGUGUCCUAGUAAAAUAAUAAAUUAAUA